GAGCGACACUGGUGCAUCAGCACAGUGCCGAGAGCUCAAGAGUGAAACCUCGUAUCGGUGCGUGUAUUGCUUUAAGAAAGAAUCACGUGACCGAUACAGGAACUGUAUUGUUUGGAUGUGCCGCGCCAAAGUGUGUUUAUAAGGACACAAACUGUAUCAACAUGUCGUGGGUUUGUCGGAUGGAGUUUUGCUUGAUCAUGGAUCGUCCUAGGAAGUUUUCCCCGGUGUGGAAUAAUUUUGAUCUCGUGACGCCAAACAAGGUGAAGUGUCGGCUCUGCUCCACAGAGCUAUCUUACAUCAAUAAGAGCACUUCAUCAAUGCUGAGGCAUUAUAGAGCUCGGCAUGGCAAUGAAGAAUUGGCAGAUACUCGUGACAGUACCCCAGUUCCUAACAAGCAAGCAGUGGAUGAGGCAGUCGUCAAUAUGAUCAUCAAAGACUGUCAGCCACUCAGCUUUGUUGAAAAUGAGGGAUUCAGGGAGCUCCUGAAGCUUAUUUUACCCUCGUAUGCUCUACCAAGCAGAAAGACCAUCAAGGACUUGGUGAGCCAGAGAUAUGAGGAGGAAAAGGAGAAAACCAAAAAGGAUCUCCAGAGUGCCGUUGCUGUUACUUUAACAGCUGAUAUGUGGACGUCUAUGAAUAUGGAGGCAUAUCUAGCUGUUACUGGCCACUAUGUGGACAAAGAAAGCCAAGAACUCUAUUCAUCAGUCUUGGCAGUGCAGCAUUUUCCUCAAAAACACACAGCAGAAAACAUCGCCACGGUUAAAAGGAGCCUCAUGGAGGAGUGGGGCAUAGCAGGAAAGGUCAGGUGUCUUGUCACUGAUGCAGCAGCAAACAUGGCUGCAUGUGCUCGAAUGCUGCAAAUACGGCACACCAUUUGUAUAGCCCAUUCCCUGAAUUUAAUUGUGAGAAAAUCAUGUGAUCAAAUCCCAGCAAUAACUGAAAUACGCAACAAAACACGGCACAUCGUGACAUACUUUCGAUCGAGCGUGACUGCUAAAGAGAAGCUCACUCAAAUACAGCAACAGCUGGGAACACAGGGCCAUAAAUUAAUCAAUGAGGUGCCAACACAAUGGAACAGUACCUACCAAAUGUUUGAGAGAAUGACUGAGCAGAAGGAGGCAGUCUGGGUGUCACUGGCCUCAUUAAAACCUGACAUCACUCCACUGACUCCAGAAGAAUGUCAGAUCAUUGAAGAGAUGCUCAGGGUUCUUGCUCCUUUUGACCAAGCUACAAGAGAACUGUCUGAGGAAAAAAGGGUCUCUGGGUCGAAGGUCAUUCCCAUGAUGAGAAUGCUCCACAUUGAGCUUCAACGUCAGGCCACAACAGUGACAAAAACAGCUGCUCAGCAACUGGCUGAAAACCUGAGGAAGCGGCUAACUGAUGCUAUUUGCGGCAUGGAAUCUCUCAGUGUGAUGACUCUGGCAACUCUGUUAGAUCCCAGAUUUAAAAAAAAUGGAUUUGUUAGCCAGCAAAAGGCAAGUGAAGCGGUGAAGAGACUGCAGUCAGAAUGUGCAGAGGAAAUGAGGAGCCAAGAGCCUGACGCAAGAGAAGAAGAGCCUAGCUCUUCACAUGGGUCAGAACCCAGUUCAGGGCACAAUCUCUGGAAAACAUAGAUAUGGAGGUUGCAGAGACCCAGAAGACGAGAAACACAACAGCUGACUCCAUUAUUGAAGUCCAACGCUACCUUUGCAAUAUUGGAAAAGGAACCAGAAAAUAUACCCACAUCUUCAUCAACUUGCACUUAAAACUCUCUGCUCACCAUCAUCGUCUGUACCAUGCGAAAGAGCAUUUUCCAAGGCUGGGGAGCUGGUGUGUAAGAGGAGAAAUCGCCUUGGAGCAAAGACACUCCAAAAACUUUUGUUUCUCAAUAAAAAUUCAUGAACUAAUCA